CUUUUACGCAAAUUUUACCUCAUGCAAUUGUCAGACGGUUCCUGAUGUAGCAAGGCUGCGAGAAUUUACUUGCAGCUUUAUAGAGGAGCGGCAGCAAUAGCGGGGAAGCUUCAGACUGUCGGUCCGCCAAUCAGGUCCAAUCGAGCGGCCAGACAACGACUUCCGCCCCCUCUUCGGAGCGUGAUUUUUUUCCCUCUUUCAUUAUUUCCCCCCUCCCUCCCCCAAGCAACGUAGAAUCAUUUGUGGGCAUCAUGAACGCACCCGGAAAGUCACCCGCCUUGACCGGACUGCCUGGGAAUCAGAUGGCACGUCAGAUUUUGCCCGAAACUAUGAGUGCAACGUUGAAGCGGCACGGCAGCGACUAAAGACCGCCUCUGUCGGCGGUUCACAAGGCAGACUAUCUAUUCUAGCAUUAGCAAGCCUUGUAACAUAGCUAACGGAACCAGCCCAUUGGUCUGUGACCGUUCGGCGUAGGACAUCGUCGUCUUCAACUCUGCGUGCAAUGAUGUCAGCACGCUGAACGUGCGUGCGGGAUUACUAUUUUCUCAGGUUACGUCUCCCGUUGAAUGUUACCCGAGGUUGAAGUGGGCAUUAAGUGGAGACGGUUGAUUGCAGUUUUCUGACAUGAAGAGACAUAUAUGACAGUCACUUUCUUGUUGUUGAAUGGAUAAUGACUCUUUACCUGCUCACCAGUCAGUCCUUCGCUGAGGGACCUCUUCCUCUUUUGGUGUUUGGACUUGGCAGCACAGGCAUGAGAUAAUAAAGUCAAGCAGCUGCAACAAACGACACCUGCGGCACUCGUGACGCUGCCGCUGCUCUCCCUCCCGCCUCAUUCCCUCCUGUCCUGCUGCUCAAUAACCCUUCAGCAGUCCUCGACAUGACCACGCCAGCGCUUUUACCGCUCUCUGGGCGCCGUAUACCCACACUGUCGCCGGGCACCUCCUCCUUUCCACACCACCGCGCUACCUUGAGGCUCUCUGAGAAGUUCAUCCUGCUGCUCAUCCUCAGUGCCUUCAUCACCCUGUGCUUCGGCGCUUUUUUCUUCUUGCCUGACAACUCCAAGCACAAGCGCUUUGACCUGGGCUUGGAGGCCGUACUCAUCCCACACAUUGACUCGCCCAAGGAGGGGAAACAUGGACAGGUGAUCAUACACGGUCAGGGAGGACUUGAUGAACACAGACACAGGGAGGACGAGGCGAGCCUCCGGGAUAAAAUUCGCGCCGACCACGAGCGGGCCCUGCAAGAGGCCAAAGAAAAGCUGCGGAAAUCGCGUGAGGAGAUACAGGCCGAGAUCCAGACGGAGAAGAGCAAGGUGGUGGAGGACCUGAAGAAAAAGGACAUAGGGCCGAAGCCCUUGCAUCCCGUGCCCAUGCCGAAGGUGGUGGCCAUUGGUGAUGGAGAGCCACUUGAGCUCGAUGUCAAAGAAAAACGGAAUAAGAUUCGAGAGAUGAUGAAGCACGCGUGGGACAGCUACCGUCAAUACGGCUGGGGUCACAACGAGCUCAAGCCCCUCGCCAAGAAAGGACAUUCUACAAAUAUCUUUGGUAAUUCUCAGCUUGGAGCAUCCAUCGUGGACGCAUUGGACACGCUGUACAUCAUGGGUCUGCACGAAGAGUUCAAGGACGGGCAGGAGUGGAUCGAGCAAAAUCUGGACUUCAGUGUGAAUGUCGAGGUGUCUGUGUUUGAGGUCAACAUCCGUUUCAUCGGAGGCCUGCUGGCAGCCUACUAUCUCUCUGGACAAGAGAUGUUCAAGUUAAAAGCAACGCAGCUUGCAGAGAAGCUGCUCCCUGCCUUCAACACCCCCACGGGGAUCCCCUGGGCCAUGGUCAAUCUGAAGAGCGGUGUUGGUCGUAAUUGGGGUUGGGCGUCGGCUGGCAGCAGCAUCUUGGCGGAGUUUGGAACACUGCAUAUGGAGUUUGUUCACCUCACGUACCUGACAGGAAACCCUGUCUACUACCAGAAGGUAAUGCACAUCCGAAAGCUACUAGCCAAAAUGGAUCGACCCAACGGGCUCUACCCAAACUACCUAAACCCUCGUACAGGUCGCUGGGGCCAACAUCAUACUUCGGUUGGCGGGCUGGGGGACAGCUUUUACGAAUACCUACUGAAAGCAUGGCUCAUGUCAGACAAAACGGACACAGAAGCACGCAAGACGUACGACGAUGCCAUUGAGGCAAUCGAGCGCCACCUGAUCCGCAAGUCCAACAGUGGUCUGACAUUUAUUGGCGAAUGGAAGAAUGGCCACCUGGAGAGGAAGAUGGGCCACCUGGCGUGCUUUGCCGGCGGCAUGUUCGCGCUGGGUGCAGAUGGCUCGCCCGAAGAUAAGGCGGGCCACUGGCUGCAGCUGGGCGCAGAGAUCGCACACACCUGCCACGAGUCUUAUGACAGGACAGUGGUCAAGCUGGGCCCCGAGGCCUUCAAGUUCGAUAGUGGCCUGGAGGCAGUGGCUGUGAGGCAGAACGAGAAGUACUACAUCCUGCGGCCCGAGGUCAUCGAAACCUACUGGUACAUGUGGAGGUUCACCCAUGACCCCAAAUACCGCCAGUGGGGCUGGGAAGCAGCACAGGCCAUCGACAAGUACUGCAGGGUGAGUGGAGGCUUCUCGGGCGUGAAGGACGUCUACUCUUCGAACCCGACGUACGAUGACGUGCAGCAGAGCUUCUUUUUGGCGGAGACGCUCAAGUAUCUGUACCUGCUCUUUUCUAGUGACGAUCUAAUGCCGUUGGAAAGUUGGGUCUUCAACACAGAGGCUCAUCCGCUUCCUGUGCUCCACCUGGGCAACAUCACCCUGCCGGGCAGUGAGCCGUCACAGCAGUGAACAGGUCUCCCCCUGCCCGCCCGACAAUAAACACUGGACUGACUUUUAUCAGGUUCUUCAGAUGUGGACCAUAUCGGAGCUUGAGAACUCCCUGAUAACUCUGGUGCUCCAGAGUGGACACGUUUCGUUUUUGUUCCAAUGUUUGGGGUUUGUUUGACCAAACUCUUUAUCUUCCUCUCUUUAAUAGGGACGCACCAGUUGAAUGGGAACUGUUGCUUUCACGGCCACAAUCUUGGCGGCCGUCUUCUUUUUUGAGCAGAUGUGGAUCUUUCAGAGCAGACAACAGAGCAACAGUCUGACUGGCUGUAUCAUCAAUUCAGCCAAAAACACCUCCCCCACCACACCCUUCAAUGAAAAA